GUGGCCCGCAUGGACGGCACUGUGGAUACACCUCCCUGCCUUCGCUUGACCCACCGCACCUGGGGCUCACAGAACAGCCUGGUGGAGAUGCUGUUCCUCCGGCUGAGCCUUCCUGUCCAGUUCCACCAGCAUUUCCGCUGCACUGCAGGGGCCACGCCACUGGCAUCACCCGGCCUGCAGCCGCCUGCCGAAGAUGAGGCCCGGGCAGCAGAGCCUGAUACUGACUAUGAAAACCUGCGCCGCUCAGCUGGAGGCUGGGGAGAGGCUGAGGGGAGCAAGGAAGGAACUGCCAAAGAGGGGGCACCUGGAGGCACUGCCCAGGGGGGGAUAGAGGCCCAGCCCACACGGGCAGAAAAUGAGAAAGAUGCUACCACUGAGAAGAACAAGAAGAGGGGGUUCUUAUUCAAGGCCAAGAAGGUGGCCAUGAUGACCCAGCCGCCUGCCACCCCUGCUCUUCCCCGACUUCCUCGAGAUGUGGUACCAGCAGACAACCGCGAUGACCCGGAAAUCAUUCUCAAUACCACCACGUACUAUUACUCUGUGAGGGUCUUCGCAGGCCAGGAGCCCAGCUGUGUGUGGGUGGGCUGGGUCACUCCUGACUACCAUCAACACGACAUGAGCUUUGACCUCAGCAAAGUCCGGGCAGUGACGGUGACCAUGGGGGACGAGCAAGGCAAUGUCCAUAGCAGCCUCAAGUGCAGCAACUGUUACAUGGUGUGGGGCGGGGAUUUUGUGAGUUCCGGGCAGCAAGGCCGGAUCAGCCACACGGACCUUGUCAUUGGUUGCCUGGUGGAUUUGGCCACGGGCUUGAUGACCUUUACAGCCAAUGGCAAAGAGAGCAACACCUUUUUCCAGGUGGAACCCAACACAAAACUGUUUCCUGCUGUCUUCGUCCUGCCCACCCACCAGAACGUCGUCCAGUUUGAGUUGGGGAAGCAGAAGAACAUCAUGCCGCUGUCAGCCGCCAUGUUCCAGAGUGAGCGCAAGAACCCAGCCCCUCAGUGCCCGCCAAGGCUGGAGGUCCAGAUGCUGAUGCCAGUCUCCUGGAGCCGGAUGCCCAACCACUUUCUACAUGUGGACACUCGGCGUGCCGGGGAGCGGCUUGGCUGGGCUGUGCAGUGCCAGGAGCCUCUGAUGAUGAUGGCGCUGCACAUCCCAGAGGAGAACAGGUGCAUGGACAUCCUGGAGUUGUCGGAGCGCCUGGACCUCCAGCGCUUCCAUUCGCACACGCUCGCUCUCUACCGCUCAGUGUGCGCCCUAGGUAACAACCGGGUGGCCCACGCUCUGUGCAGCCACGUGGACCAGGCCCAGCUGCUGCACGCUCUGGAGGACGCGCACUUGCCAGGUCCUCUGCGGGCAGGCUACUACGACCUCCUCAUCAGCAUCCACCUCGAAAGCGCCUGCCGCAGCCGUCGCUCCAUGCUCUCCGAGUACAUCGUGCCCCUCACGCCGGAGACCCGAGACAUCACGCUCUUCCCACCCGGACGAAGUGCAGAAGAUGGGCCUCGCCGCCAUGGCCUGCCUGGCGUGGGCGUCACGACCUCGCUGAGACCCCCACACCAUUUCUCGCCCCCGUGUUUUGUGGCUGCCUUGCCAGCUUCUGGGACCACAGAAGCUCCGGCCCGCCUCAGCCCGGCCAUUCCUCUGGAGGCUCUGCGGGACAAGGCACUGAGAAUGUUGGGUGAAGCCGUGCGAGAUGGAGGACAGCAUGCUCGUGAUCCCGUCGGCGGCUCUGUGGAGUUCCAGUUUGUGCCAGUGCUCAAGCUUGUGUCUACCCUCCUGGUGAUGGGCGUCUUUAGUGACGAGGAUGUGAAGCAGAUCCUGAAGAUGAUUGAGCCUGAAGUAUUCACUGAGGAGGAAGAGGAGGCGGAGGAAGAGGAGGAGGAGGAGGAGGAAGAUGAGGAGGAGGAGAAGGAGGAGGAUGAGGAGGAAGAGGCACAUGAGAAGGAAGACGAGGAGAAAGAAGAGGAGGAGGCAGCAGAAGAAGAGAAAGAAGAGCUGGAGGAGGGGCUGCUCCAGAUGAAGCUGCCGGAGUCUGUGAAGUUACAGAUGUGUCACCUCCUGGAGUACUUCUGUGAUCAAGAGCUGCAGCACCGUGUGGAGUCCUUGGCAGCCUUCGCAGAGUGCUAUGUGGACAGGCUCCAGGGCAACCAGCGGGGUCGCUAUGGCCUCCUCAUGAAAGCCUUCACCAUGAGUGCCGCUGAGACGGCAAGACGCACCCGAGAGUUCCGCUCUCCGCCCCAGGAGCAGAUCAACAUGCUAUUGCAAUUUAAAAAUGGUGCAGAUGAGGAAGAUUGCCCUCUCCCUGAAGAAAUCCGACAGGAUCUGAUUAACUUUCACCAAGACCUGCUGGCACACUGUGGAAUCCAGCUGGAGGGGGAGGAAGAGGAGCCAGAGGAAGAGACCACGUUGGGUAGCCGCCUGAUGAGCCUGUUGGAGAAAGUGCGGCUGGUGAAGAAGAAAGAGGAGAAACCCGAGGAGGAGCCGGCAGCUGAGGAGCACAAGCCUCAGUCUUUGCAGGAGCUGGUGUCCCACACGGUGGUGCGCUGGGCGCAGGAGGACUUCAUUCAGAGCCCUGAGCUGGUUCGUGCCAUGUUCAGUCUCCUGCACCGACAAUACGAUGGGCUCGGUGAGCUGCUGCGCGCCUUGCCCAGGGCCUACACGAUCUCGCCGUCCUCGGUGGAGGACACCAUGAGCCUGCUGGAGUGCCUGGGCCAGAUCCGCUCGCUGCUCAUUGUGCAGAUGGGUCCCCAGGAGGAAAACCUCAUGAUCCAGAGCAUCGGGAACAUCAUGAAUAACAAAGUCUUCUACCAGCACCCAAACCUGAUGAGAGCGCUGGGCAUGCACGAAACCGUCAUGGAGGUCAUGGUGAACGUCCUUGGGGGUGGUGAGUCGAAGGAGAUACGCUUCCCCAAGAUGGUGACAAGCUGCUGCCGGUUCCUCUGCUACUUCUGCCGGAUCAGCCGGCAGAACCAGCGCUCCAUGUUUGACCACCUGAGCUACCUGCUGGAGAACAGUGGCAUUGGCCUGGGCAUGCAGGGCUCCACGCCCCUGGAUGUGGCAGCUGCUUCUGUCAUUGACAACAACGAGCUGGCCUUGGCAUUGCAAGAGCAAGACCUGGAAAAGGUUGUGUCAUACCUGGCAGGCUGCGGCUUACAAAGCUGCUCCAUGCUCCUGGCCAAAGGAUAUCCUGACAUCGGGUGGAAUCCCUGUGGGGGUGAACGCUACCUGGACUUCCUACGCUUUGCCGUCUUUGUCAAUGGUGAGAGUGUGGAAGAGAACGCUAAUGUUGUGGUGCGGCUGUUGAUCCGAAAACCUGAGUGCUUCGGACCUGCCUUGAGGGGCGAGGGUGGCUCAGGGCUGCUGGCUGCCAUAGAGGAGGCCAUCCGCAUCUCCGAGGACCCUGCACGGGAUGGACCAGGUGUCCGCAGGGACCGGCGACGUGAGCACUUUGGUGAGGAGCCUCCAGAGGAAAACCGGGUGCACCUGGGACAUGCCAUCAUGUCCUUCUAUGCUGCCUUGAUCGACCUGCUGGGACGCUGUGCACCUGAGAUGCAUCUGAUCCAAGCCGGAAAGGGUGAGGCCCUGAGGAUCCGAGCCAUCCUUCGUUCCCUUGUGCCCUUGGAUGACCUUGUGGGCAUCAUCAGCCUCCCACUGCAGAUCCCCACCCUGGGCAAAGAUGGGGCACUGGUACAGCCAAAGAUGUCUGCUUCCUUCGUGCCUGACCACAAGGCAUCCAUGGUGCUUUUCCUGGACCGAGUGUAUGGCAUUGAGAACCAGGACUUCUUGCUCCAUGUGCUGGAUGUGGGGUUCCUUCCUGACAUGAGGGCAGCCGCCUCACUGGACACGGCUACUUUCAGCACCACGGAGAUGGCGCUGGCGCUGAACCGCUACCUGUGCCUGGCCGUGCUGCCGCUCAUCACCAAGUGCGCGCCCCUCUUUGCGGGCACCGAGCACCGCGCCAUCAUGGUGGACUCCAUGCUGCACACAGUGUACCGCCUGUCGCGGGGCCGCUCGCUCACCAAGGCACAACGUGAUGUCAUCGAGGACUGCCUCAUGGCACUCUGCAGGUAUAUCCGCCCGUCCAUGCUGCAGCACCUGCUUCGACGCCUGGUGUUCGACGUACCCAUCCUCAACGAGUUUGCCAAGAUGCCACUCAAGCUCCUCACCAACCACUACGAGCGCUGCUGGAAGUACUACUGCCUCCCCACAGGCUGGGCCAACUUCGGGAUCACCUCUGAGGAAGAGCUGCACCUCACACGCAAGCUCUUCUGGGGCAUCUUUGACUCCCUGGCGCAUAAGAAAUACGACCAGGAGCUCUACCGAAUAGCCAUGCCUUGUCUGUGUGCCAUUGCGGGGGCGCUGCCUCCUGACUACGUAGAUGCCUCCUAUUCGUCCAAGACAGAGAAAAAAGCCACAGUGGAUGCUGAAGGCAACUUUGAUCCCCGGCCUGUGGAGACUCUCAACGUCAUCAUUCCAGAGAAGCUGGACUCCUUCAUUAACAAGUUUGCAGAGUACACCCACGAGAAAUGGGCCUUCGACAAGAUCCAGAACAACUGGUCCUACGGGGAGAACGCUGAUGAAGAGCUCAAGACCCAUCCCAUGCUGAGACCCUACAAGACCUUUUCAGAGAAGGACAAAGAGAUUUACCGCUGGCCCAUCAAGGAGUCCUUGAAGGCCAUGAUUGCCUGGGAGUGGACAGUAGAGAAGGCCAGGGAGGGUGAGGAGGAAAAGACAGAGAAGAAGAAAACAAGGAAGAUAUCCCAGACUGCCCAGACAUAUGACCCUCGAGAGGGCUACAACCCCCAGCCUCCAGACCUCAGCGGGGUUACAUUGUCCCGGGAGCUGCAGGCCAUGGCCGAACAACUGGCAGAAAAUUACCACAACACAUGGGGGCGAAAGAAGAAGCAAGAGCUGGAGGCCAAAGGGGGUGGGUCCCAUCCCUUGCUGGUCCCCUACGACACGCUCACGGCUAAGGAGAAGGCACGGGACCGAGAGAAGGCUCAGGAGUUGCUGAAGUUUCUGCAGAUGAAUGGCUAUGCUGUCACCAGAGGCCUUAAGGACAUGGAAUUGGACACGUCUUCCAUUGAGAAGCGUUUUGCCUUUGGCUUCCUGCAGCAGCUGUUGCGCUGGAUGGACAUUUCCCAGGAGUUCAUCGCCCAUCUGGAGGCUGUGGUCAGCAGUGGACGAGUAGAGAAGUCUCCACAUGAGCAGGAGAUUAAAUUCUUUGCCAAGAUUCUGCUCCCUUUGAUCAACCAAUACUUCACCAACCACUGUCUCUACUUCCUGUCCACACCCGCCAAAGUGCUGGGCAGUGGUGGCCAUGCCUCCAACAAGGAGAAGGAAAUGAUCACCAGCCUCUUCUGUAAGCUUGCUGCUCUUGUCCGCCACCGAGUCUCCCUCUUUGGGACGGAUGCCCCAGCUGUGGUCAACUGUCUUCACAUAUUGGCACGUUCUCUGGACGCCAGAACGGUGAUGAAGUCAGGCCCCGAGAUUGUGAAGGCUGGGCUCCGCUCCUUCUUCGAGAGCGCGUCCGAGGACAUUGAGAAGAUGGUGGAGAACCUGCGGCUAGGCAAGGUGUCCCAGGCGCGCACCCAGGUGAAGGGCGUGGGCCAGAACCUCACCUACACCACGGUGGCCCUGCUGCCCGUCCUCACCACCCUCUUCCAGCACAUCGCCCAACACCAGUUCGGAGACGAUGUCAUCCUGGAUGACGUGCAAGUGUCUUGCUACCGAACGCUGUGCAGUAUUUACUCUCUGGGCACCACCAGGAACCCCUACGUGGAAAAGCUGCAGCCAGCCCUCGGGGAAUGCCUGGCCCGCCUGGCCGCAGCCAUGCCAGUGGCAUUUCUGGAGCCUCAGCUGAAUGAAUACAACGCCUGCUCCGUUUACACCACCAAGUCUCCUCGAGAGCGGGCCAUCCUGGGGCUCCCCAACAGUGUGGAGGAGAUGUGUCCCGACAUCCCAGUGCUAGAGCGGCUCAUGGCAGAAAUCGGGGGGCUGGCUGAGUCCGGGGCGCGCUACACGGAGAUGCCACACGUGAUCGAGAUUACACUGCCCAUGCUGUGCAGCUACCUGCCCCGCUGGUGGGAGCGAGGACCCGAGGCGCCCCCACCAGCCCUGCCUGCAGGGGCUCCGCCACCCUGCACAGCCGUCACCUCCGACCACCUCAAUUCCCUACUGGGGAACAUCCUUCGCAUUAUCGUCAACAACCUGGGCAUCGACGAGGCCUCGUGGAUGAAGCGGCUGGCUGUGUUUGCCCAGCCCAUUGUGAGUCGUGCCAGACCUGAGCUCCUGCGCUCCCACUUCAUCCCCACCAUUGGGCGACUGCGCAAGCGUGCAGGGAAGGUGGUGGCUGAAGAGGAGCAGCUGCGCCUAGAGGCCAAGGCAGAAGCCGAGGAGGGCGAGCUCCUGGUGCGGGACGAGUUCUCCGUGCUCUGCCGGGACCUGUAUGCCCUCUACCCUCUGCUCAUCCGCUACGUGGACAACAACAGGGCACAUUGGCUGACAGAGCCCAAUCCCAACGCAGAGGAGCUGUUCAGGAUGGUGGGCGAAAUCUUCAUCUACUGGUCCAAGUCCCACAACUUUAAGCGAGAGGAACAGAACUUUGUGGUCCAGAAUGAGAUCAACAACAUGUCCUUUCUGACGGCCGACAAUAAGAGCAAAAUGGCCAAGGCGGGAGAUGUACAGUCAGGUGGCUCGGACCAGGAACGCACCAAGAAGAAGCGCCGGGGGGACCGGUACUCAGUGCAGACAUCUCUGAUUGUGGCCACGCUCAAGAAGAUGCUGCCAAUCGGACUAAACAUGUGUGCUCCCACCGACCAGGACCUCAUUGUGUUGGCCAAGGCCCGCUAUGCCCUGAAAGACACAGACGAGGAGGUGCGUGAAUUCCUUCAAAACAACCUCAACCUUCAGGGAAAGGUGGAAGGCUCCCCAUCUCUUCGCUGGCAGAUGGCACUGUACCGCGGUGUCCCAGGUCGCGAGGAAGAUGCCGAUGACCCCGAGAAAAUUGUGCGCCGAGUCCAGGAGGUGUCUGCUGUGCUCUACCACCUGGACCAGACGGAGCAUCCUUACAAGUCCAAGAAGGCGGUGUGGCAUAAACUUUUGUCCAAGCAGCGCCGGAGGGCAGUGGUUGCCUGUUUCCGGAUGACGCCCCUGUACAACCUGCCCACGCACCGAGCAUGUAACAUGUUCCUGGAGAGCUACAAGGCCUCUUGGAUCCUGACCGAAGACCACAGUUUCGAGGACCGCAUGAUAGAUGAUCUAUCAAAAGCUGGAGAGCAGGAGGAAGAGGAGGAAGAGGUGGAAGAGAAGAAGCCAGACCCCCUCCACCAGCUGGUUCUGCAUUUCAGCCGCACUGCUCUGACCGAAAAGAGCAAACUGGACGAGGAUUACCUGUACAUGGCGUAUGCUGACAUCAUGGCAAAGAGUUGCCACCUGGAGGAGGGCGGGGAAAAUGGCGAAGAAGGUGAAGAGGAGGGAUCGGAAGUGUCCUUCGAGGAGAAGGAGAUGGAGAAGCAAAGGCUUCUGUACCAGCAGUCACGGCUGCACAACCGGGGUGCCGCUGAGAUGGUGUUGCAGAUGAUCAGUGCCUGCAAAGGAGAGACAGGCGCCAUGGUGUCUUCCACCCUGAAACUGGGCAUCUCCAUCCUCAAUGGGGGGAAUGCCGAAGUGCAACAGAAAAUGCUGGAUUAUCUGAAGGACAAGAAGGAAGUGGGCUUCUUCCAGAGUAUCCAGGCACUGAUGCAGACCUGCAGUGUCCUGGACCUCAAUGCCUUCGAGAGGCAGAACAAGGCAGAGGGGCUGGGCAUGGUGAACGAGGAUGGAACUGUCAUCAAUCGCCAAAACGGAGAGAAGGUCAUGGCAGAUGAUGAAUUCACACAGGACUUGUUCCGCUUCCUGCAGCUGCUCUGCGAGGGGCACAACAAUGAUUUCCAGAACUACCUACGGACACAGACCGGGAAUACGACCACCAUCAACAUCAUCAUCUGUACAGUGGACUAUCUCCUGCGGCUGCAGGAAUCCAUCAGUGACUUCUACUGGUACUACUCGGGCAAGGAUGUCAUCGACGAGCAGGGCAAGAGGAACUUCUCCAAAGCCAUGUCUGUAGCCAAACAAGUGUUCAACAGCCUUACUGAGUACAUUCAGGGACCCUGCACUGGAAACCAGCAGAGUCUGGCGCACAGCCGCCUCUGGGAUGCCGUGGUGGGGUUUCUGCACGUCUUUGCCCACAUGAUGAUGAAGCUGGCUCAGGACUCCAGCCAGAUAGAGCUGCUGAAGGAGCUGCUGGACCUCCAGAAGGACAUGGUGGUGAUGCUGCUGUCCCUCCUGGAAGGGAACGUGGUCAACGGCAUGAUCGCACGGCAGAUGGUGGACAUGCUUGUGGAGUCCUCGUCCAACGUGGAGAUGAUCCUCAAGUUUUUCGACAUGUUUCUGAAGCUCAAGGACAUCGUGGGCUCCGAAGCCUUCCAGGACUAUGUUACAGACCCCCGUGGCCUCAUCUCCAAGAAGGACUUCCAGAAGGCCAUGGACAGCCAGAAGCAGUUCUCCAGCCCCGAGAUCCAGUUCCUGCUUUCCUGCUCCGAAGCCGAUGAGAAUGAAAUGAUCAACUGCGAAGAGUUCGCCAACCGCUUCCAGGAGCCAGCGCGGGAAAUCGGCUUCAACGUGGCAGUACUGCUGACCAACCUGUCGGAGCAUGUCCCCCACGACCCGCGCCUGCGCAAUUUCCUGGAGCUGGCUGAGAGCAUCCUGGAGUACUUCCGGCCUUACCUGGGCCGCAUCGAGAUCAUGGGCUCAUCCCGGCGCAUAGAGCGGAUCUACUUUGAGAUCUCAGAGACCAACCGUGCUCAGUGGGAGAUGCCCCAGGUGAAGGAAUCCAAGCGCCAGUUCAUCUUCGACGUGGUGAACGAGGGCGGCGAGUCCGAGAAGAUGGAGCUGUUUGUAAGCUUCUGCGAGGACACGAUCUUCGAGAUGCAGAUCGCUGCUCAGAUCUCGGAGCCAGAGGGCGAGCCGGAGGAGGAUGAGGAAGAGGACACGGAGGAAGCUGAGGAGGGCGCAGCGGGCCCCGACGGGACGGGUGUUGCAGCGGCCGCUGGCGUGUGGGCUUGGCUGGCGGCGGCGGCGGGCCGGACACUGCGGGGCCUGAGCUACCGUAGCCUUCGGCGGCGCGUGCGGAGGCUGCGGAGGUUGACGGCGCGGGAGGCGGCCACCGCGGUGGCAGCGCUGCUGUGGGCGCUGGUGUCGUGUGCUGGGGGCGCGGGCGCAGGCGCGGCUGCAGGGGCGCUGAGGUUACUCUGGGGCUCGCUGUUUGGCGGCGGGCUGGUAGACAGCGCCAAGAAGGUGACUGUGACCGAGCUCCUGGCGGGCAUGCCGGAUCCCACGGGCGACGAGGUGCACGGCCAGCAGCCGAGUGGCCCUGGCAGCGAUGCCGAGGGAGAGGGCGUGGGAGAGGGCGAAGGCGAUGCAGCCGACGGCGGUGGAGAUGAAGAGACGGCUGCGGACCAGACUGGCACGGGAGGUGCCGACCGGGCGGUGGCUGUGGCCGAUGGGAGCCCAUUCCGGCCAGAAGGCGCUGGUGGUCUAGGGGACAUGGGUGACACAACACCUGUGGAGCCUCCCACGCCAGAGGGCUCGCCCAUCCUCAAGAGGAAGCUGGGGGUGGAGGGAGAAGAAGAGGAGCCCCCUCCAGAACCAGAGCCGGAGCCCGAACCUGAGAAAGCCGAUACUGAGAACGGAGAGAAGGAAGAAGUCCCUGAGCCUCCUCCAGAACCCCCCAAGAAGACACCCUCUCCGCCCCCUCCAAAAAAGGAGGAAGCUGGAGGUGCAGGCCUGGAAGAAUUUUGGGGAGAACUGGAAGUACAGAGGGUGAAAUUCUUGAACUACUUGUCUAGGAACUUCUACACGCUGCGGUUCCUGGCUCUCUUCUUGGCGUUCGCCAUCAACUUCAUGUUGCUGUUUUACAAGGUCUCAGAUUCCCCACCAGGGGAGGAUGACAUAGAAGGCUCCGGAGCUGGGGACACGUCAGGGGCAGGGUCUGGUGGUGGCUCUGGCUGGGGCUCCGGUGCCAGCGAGGAUGUGGAAGGUGAUGAGGAUGAGAACAUGGUGUACUAUUUCCUGGAGGAGAGCACGGGCUACAUGGAACCCGCGCUGCGGUGCUUGAGCCUGCUGCACACGCUGGUUGCCUUCCUCUGCAUCAUCGGCUACAACUGUCUCAAGGUUCCCCUAGUGAUCUUUAAGCGGGAGAAGGAGCUGGCCCGGAAGCUGGAGUUUGACGGCCUCUACAUUACUGAGCAGCCUGAGGACGAUGACGUGAAGGGACAGUGGGACCGCCUGGUGCUCAACACACCGUCUUUCCCCAGCAACUACUGGGACAAGUUUGUCAAGCGGAAGGUUCUGGACAAACACGGGGACAUCUUUGGGCGGGAACGGAUUGCGGAGUUGCUGGGCAUGGACCUGGCCUCUCUGGAGAUCACAGCCCACAGUGAGCGCAAACCUGACCCUCCACCGGGGCUACUGACAUGGAUCAUGUCCAUCGAUGUCAAGUACCAGAUCUGGAAGUUCGGAGUCAUCUUCACAGACAAUUCUUUCCUGUAUCUGGGCUGGUACAUGGUGAUGUCUCUCCUGGGACACUACAAUAACUUCUUCUUCGCUGCCCACCUCCUGGACAUCGCCAUGGGGGUCAAGACGCUGCGCACCAUCCUCUCGUCUGUCACCCACAACGGAAAGCAGCUGGUGAUGACCGUAGGGCUCCUGGCCGUGGUGGUCUAUCUGUACACUGUGGUGGCCUUCAACUUCUUCCGCAAAUUCUACAACAAGAGCGAAGACGAGGACGAGCCCGAUAUGAAGUGCGAUGACAUGAUGACGUGCUACCUGUUCCACAUGUACGUGGGUGUCCGGGCUGGUGGAGGCAUCGGGGACGAGAUUGAGGACCCAGCGGGUGAUGAGUAUGAACUCUACCGGGUUGUCUUCGACAUCACCUUUUUCUUCUUCGUCAUUAUUAUCCUGCUAGCCAUCAUUCAGGGUCUGAUUAUUGAUGCUUUCGGGGAGCUCCGAGACCAGCAAGAGCAAGUGAAGGAGGACAUGGAGACCAAGUGCUUCAUCUGCGGGAUAGGCAGUGACUACUUUGAUACGACCCCACAUGGAUUUGAGACCCACACUCUGGAGGAGCACAACCUGGCCAAUUACAUGUUUUUCCUGAUGUAUUUGAUAAAUAAGGAUGAGACGGAGCACACCGGUCAGGAGUCGUAUGUCUGGAAGAUGUACCAGGAAAGGUGCUGGGAUUUCUUCCCUGCUGGAGACUGUUUCCGCAAGCAGUAUGAGGACCAGCUCAGCUGAGGUCUGCAGCUGUCCCUCCCCACCUCAAGUGCCUUAUCCCACUGCAAGCUCCUGGCCAGGCUGCUGCCACAAGUGAUGCUGAACUAGACAAAUAAAGCCUAUGCUACACCC